AUGACCCACGACGCGCAUAGCCCCAUAUCGCAACGUUCCUUCUCACACCCUGUGGCUUUUGAUGACGACCGCCGCCCCCUCUCUGCUGCGCUUCCUAUCACCUCUACUGGUUGCGGGCCGUCCAUUUGGAGCCCUCCGACCCUGUCUCAAGGAAGCUCCAGUGCAUCUUCUACCGGAAGCUUCGCUUUUGAGCAGAUGGUUUCAGCGCCCCGAGCUUGGUCAUUGAGCGAGGCGGUGCCUACGACGUCUAUGCGGAGGGUGCUGGGGCAUGAAGGAAUGCUCAAAGGCGAGGGUGACGGAUACGACACAGUGCGAGAGGUCUGGGACAUACUGGAUGCUGCAGACAUUCUGGUGAACAUGGGAAGGGGGGCGAGCGUGUGCUGA